GGCAUUCAGAAGACGGCGCGCGCUCCAGCCGCGAGCUUAACGGAAAUAUUAACGGCGAAGGCAGAAGAAGUGAUCCGGUCAGCGUCGCAACCAUCACACCGGACAGUCUGCCGAUGAAGGAGAGCAAAAGCAUCUCGGAUUGGGCAAUAAAGAAUGGCUGCUCCUGAUCUUCUGGACCCCAAAGCUGCUGCUCACAACUCCAAGCCCCGCCUGUCUUUUUCCGCCAAGCCAGUGGUGUUGAAUUCUCAGGAUGACUUUGAGCCACGCGUCAGCGUCAUGCGCUGGAAAACCGUGCUCACCGUCUUCCUGUUGGUCGUCCUCUACCUUAUCAUGGGAGCCACGGUGUUCAAGGCCCUGGAGCAACCAUACGAGAACUCGCAGAAACUCGCCAUCCUCAGUCAGAAGCUUCAGUUUCUCAUUGAUCACCCUUGCGUCAACUCUACCGAGCUGGAGGAGUUAGUGAAGCAAGUGAUGUCAGCCAUCCGCGCCGGUGUGAACCCUUCUGGAAACUCGUCGAACGUGACAAGUUUAUGGGACCUGAGCAGCUCCUUUUUCUUUGCCGGGACUGUUAUCACUACUAUAGGAUUCGGGAAUAUUUCCCCUCAUACAGAAGGAGGAAGGAUAUUCUGCAUAGUGUACGCGCUGCUGGGAAUCCCUCUGUUCGGCUUCCUGCUGGCGGGAGUGGGCGACCAGCUGGGGACCAUAUUUGGAAAGGGCAUCGCUAAAGUGGAGAAGAUGAUUGUGAAGUGGAACGUGAGUCAGACAAAGAUCCGCGUGAUCUCCACGGUGCUCUUCAUCCUUUUCGGCUGCCUCCUUUUCGUCACGCUGCCAGCCAUCAUCUUCAAGAACAUAGAAGGCUGGAGUGCCCUAGAGGCCAUUUACUUCGUCGUCAUAACCCUGACGACCAUCGGCUUUGGCGAUUUUGUUGCAGGUGAGGGUGAACGCCGUUACCAUCAAGAAAACAACGGUGGCUCUGAGGUGGAGUACCUGGACUAUUACAAGCCUGUGGUAUGGUUUUGGAUUCUGGUGGGACUGGCGUACUUCGCCGCAGUGCUCAGCAUGAUUGGAGACUGGUUCCGGGUCAUUUCUAAGAAGACGAAAGAAGAGGUGGGCGAGUUUCGAGCGCACGCUGCCGAAUGGACGGCCAACGUUUCCGCCGAAUUCAAAGAGACUCGUCGCCGCCUCAGUGUCGACAUCUACGACAAGUUCCAGCGCGCCGCAUCCAUCAAGCGCAAGCUGUCAGCUGAGCUCGGGAUCAACAACGCACCAAUCAGCCAGGAGAUGACGCCGGGCAAGCGGGCACUCUCAGUCAACUUAGGAGACGACAGAGAGACGUACCCAUCCUUCGCACUAGCACGCAACGGCAGCCUUUUCCUUAACGGCCUGAGCCCGGAAUACGCCGACCGCCGCGAUGUCGCCAUAAUAGAACACCUGAAAUGAGAACUAAGAUAAUGAGGACGAGAGACAGAGAAAUGAACUCUGAGAGCAGAACCGAGGAAGAUGACAGAGUGGGAGAGGGAGAACUGCGAGAGAGGAGCGAGAAAAUGAGGGUGCUUUGUUUACCACGAACACGUGUGCUGGAUUACACGACUAGAACUUCUGCACUCUUACCUGAUCGAUACAUCUUCAUCACCGCUGACGUUUUGCUAACGCAGACAGUAAUGCCUGGUAGUUUACAGGAUUAUCCUUCUGCACACGUACCCUUGACUCCGCCCCUUUCUCUGAGAAGCUCGCCGAUGAGCUCUCAAGCCUCCGACCAGUGAAGAUGUUCUUCACUACACAACUUUGUAUCAUCAACGAUGAACCACCUGUGACUUUUCUACUCGCUCCUCUUUAAAGAAAGACAAUUUUUUUUAUUAUUAUUAUUAUUAUUCCUACAAAAACCUUCUGGAAUCUGAAUGUGUCUCCAUUGUUCUCAAAGGCCAAGCUGUGUUAAUUAGUGCCGCAAGCUGUUUUAGACAUUUCAGGUCCUUUGUGAAGCAAAGAAUGUCCACGUCCAUGUCUUUAUAGCCGUGCAAUUCAUUUCAGUGCCUUAAUGACUCCAGAACUCUUUAAAAAAAAAAACGCAUGUGUCAAUCUAUUUCUGGAAUCUGCUUAGAUGUUAACCAAAAAUCUGAGCAGGUAGGUAACCUGACGGCCGCUGAGGUCUGUUGUUGCUACGGUGAUCUGGGAAUCGGACACGAGCCUCUUGGCCAAAAACACACGCACGCACACACACACACACACACACACACACACACACACACACACAAAAGGAGAUUACCAUGGUUACCACAGCAUGGUGACCGUGUGUAGUCUGACUCGCACACACUUCCCACUUCACACAGGCUACAAGUGCAAAUCGGAGACAUGACUCUAGAGCAAUCCAGCAGCAGACUCUGGUUCUUUCGCAAUUCCACGCCACAUAUCUUAUUCACUCGAAAGCGUGUGAUGAAAUGACCACGGUGAUGCAUUUGCACAUUUCAAAGGAUGCAGACACACAAUUUAGGAGGUAUGACGGUUACAGUGAAAGGUGCCAUCCGUUUAAAUUGAAUUACAAGCCCUAGAAAUCGGUCAUGAAAUAAUGGUUCAUGAAUGUGUGCACGUGCGUGCGUGCGUGUGUGCGUGUGUGUGAUAAUAAGAGCAAUAUAUUAGUUCUUAUCCAUGGUC